AGACACAGGUACAGACGUACAUUAGAGCUGAGGUUAGAAGUAGAAGUUACUGUAUUUGGGUGUUAAAAUGUCAGAAGGAGUCUAUGAAAUCCAAGAUGGAUUUGAAGACGAUAAGCCUGAUGCAAUGAAGAACACAGACAUUGAUGGCCAAUUAUAUGCCAACAUAGGAGCCUUCAAGCCCAGUCCAAGAGAUGGAGUUGUUGCUUCAGAGCCUGAUAGCUCAGGGAAGAGACCCUUCCUAGUUGCUGCAGUGUGUCUGGGGCUGCUGUGUGUUCUACUGGCUGGGAUAAUAGGCCUGUCUGUCCACUAUAACAGAGUCAUCAAAGAUUCUGAGGAUAAAAGGAACAACUUGUUCCAGCGUUUUUCCCUUUACAAGAUCAACGCAACUGAAGAGAGAGACCAGCUACAGACCAGAUACAACAGCCUGACUGAAGAGAAAGGCCAUAUUCAGGCAAAGCUUUUUGUGAUAGAGCAACUUUGUCAGCGGGGAUGGAGAUACUUUGACUCCAGUUUGUACUUCCUCUCUACUGAGAAGAAAACCUGGGAGGAGAGCAGACAGGACUGUCUGGAAAGAGGAGCAGACCUGGUGAUCAUAAAGAGCACUGAGGAACAGACAUUUCUCUUCAAUCUCCAACUGAGAGCCUGGAUUGGUCUGACUGACUCUGUUUCUGAGGGGACCUGGAAGUGGGUGGACGGCACAUCACUGACCAAAGGGUACUGGGGGGCAGGACAGCCUGAUAAUAAAGGCCAAGAGGACUGUGUUGAGAUAUACUAUGGACAAGAUGACGCUGUAAAAACAUGGAAUGAUGACAAAUGUUACAAAUAUCAGAACUGGAUCUGUGAGAAAGUGGUGUAAGAAUAACCCACAGUAACAGACUUCUCUUCUUCAUUAUUUCCUUGGUCUUUUCUUUCCAUUUUCAUUUUCUAUGGUGUAGGGUUAACACACUGUUUGUUUUAGCGGUACCCACUGUUUAUUAUUUUCAAAGUUAGGGAGGAAGAGGACAAAGGUUUAGUUUCCUGGGGUUUGAACGGUGUGGUGUGCGUGAUGGCUCCGAAGCCUAGCGUGGAGGAGACGCUGUCGUUACGGCAUGGAUUCAGGUUGUUCCUGAGAAUGGAGUUAAGGUGGAGGAGGUUCUGCUUGCGGUCGGCGAACAGGUAGGAGCUGAAUUUAUACAUUCCGCAUCAAGAAUGAACAAAGCUGUGGUUGUGUUUAUGAAAAGAGCAAAUUUGUUGGGUAAGCUCAUUGCUAGUGGAAUAUUUGUAAGCAGUGUGUUGGUGGCAAUUUCUCCUCUUUUUGCUCAGGUUUCUAGAAUGUUUUGGGAAGGUGGGGGGCAGUGAAGAGAGGAGUAUGAGUCUCUGAGUCAAUGUUGGGAUGUGGUAAAAGUCCAAAUUCUGUUUUUUUGUCAACAGUAUACAGCUCUCUCAUCCUCAGAAGCUAGGAGAGCAUUGGGGGAACUCGAGUGUAGUAUUAGUGAGAUGGAGGUAGAGCUGGUGGGGCAAGGCAAUGUAGGCCUCCAGGCUAAUUUAGCUGAACUACG